AUGCGGCCACCAGCGCCGCCCCCAGGCCCAGCCACCUCCCCAGAGCGCGAAGGUAAAGCGCGAAGCCUGAGGAAGCGAGGCCUUCCGCUGAUUCCAGAGCCAGGCGAGAUGGGGAGCUGCAGCCUUGAGACCCGGGGACGUGAGGAGAGCAGACAGAAGAGGAGAGUGGUGGCCCAGACGUCUAGAAGAGAAGAGGCCGAAGGUGACAUGUUGGCCAACGAAAAAGGAAAAGUUAAUGAAGCCGCAAGUGAUGAACCACAGCCAGGGAUUGACCUGGUAAGAAAGGCACCAUUAUCCAAUUCAGAAUCUUUACAAACAGUGGAGUGCAGUGAAUUUCAAAAUAUGGCUUUCUUGCAGUCUUUGACUAAGGAAGAUUUGGUAGAAGGUAUUAAAAGAAGAAUUCGAAUUAAAAAAUUUAAAAGUUUAGAAAACCCACCUCUCAAAAUAACUAAAAGUGAGGCAACACAAAAUAUUCAGGUUGAAUUCCAAGAUGAACUGUACAAGAGUACUCCAAAAUAUUCUUGCAACAGCUUGUCAACUGGAGUUGGAAAAAAAUCCGAUUCUGUAUCAUAUGAUUACAAUUUCCUCCAUUCCAAGAGUUGUAAUAAUGAAAACAACUUUGAACAUAAAUCCAAUAGUGUAUGUAUACACAUAGCAGAGAAUUCUUUGAAGUCAAAGAAAGAAAACCUUAGGAGUCUUUCAGAGAAGAGUGACACAGAUAUUGUUCCUAAUCUCUUAGAAACUGAAGAAAAUGUAAUAGGAGCAAAUAAGUUAGUGCCUGAAGAAAAUCAUUUGUACCAAAAUAAAAACAAUGGCUUACUUUCUUACCUUCAAGCUGAAAAACAUAAACACUCAGGGGAGGAGAGCAGUGUUGGGCGAAAACACAGGAAGAAGAUGAAGUUGUCUGAUGAAGAAAAAGUUAUUGAGUUUAACUUCUCUAAUGUGUGUAACAAGUCUGAGUUGAUGUUCCAGGAAAAACAUUUUGGUAUGGAAGGGAAAGAAGUAGAGCCCUUAGAGCCAAAAAAAAAUGUUUUAAAGGCUUUAAGAAAGAACCAUAAUACACUUUCUCCAGUGGAUCAUUUAUGUCUCCCAGAAACAACAGGAAAAACAACAAGACCCAAACAUCAUGUAAAUGCUAUGUUUCAGAAAAACCUUGAAUCACAUUUGAAAGAAGAGAUGAAGAAUGCUUCAGAGUCUUUAGGAUACAAAAGAAUGGAGCCAGAAGAGUAUUUUAAGUCUAUAACUAGCUCUACAGUCAUACCACCCAGUGAUAGCCAUCAUGUUGAAAAGAGAUCUUCACGGGAGGACUUGAGAAGUGAAACUGAAGCAUCAAAGGAAAGCUGUCGCAGAAUAAUACCAAUGACUGGUAAAAGAAUUUGGCCUUUUUAUUCUUGUGCUAGAAUAUCUGCCCAUUGUUGGAAAAAGACUCCCUUGCCAGACUCAAAUUACUUAUAUCCUGGGUCUCUGGAAAAUGUUAGGCAACAUGAUUCUCUUAAACACCAAACAAACCAGACCUAUUUAACUGACUCCAAAUUGUUACAAAACUCCUUAGCAGAAAAAAACAGGGAGUUGUCAAGUAAAGAAAAGUGUGAUUCUGAUAUAAAUUGUUUGUCUCCAGUUUCUUCAGUAGAACCUAUUUUGAUUGUUAUGAAGGAAGCUGUAAUUGGUGAUAAAAGGAUAAGCCCAGAUGAACCCAGCAGAAAUGCAUCAGAGAUAGUUUCUAACACUACUGAAGAUACUCAGUCAACUAAUGUAACAGGAAAUAAGAAAAAGAGAGGGAAUUUAACAAAACUUAAUUUGACAAUGGCUUCCCAAGAGGGCCAAGAAGGAAAUAACUCUACAAACAAAGCUGUUCAUCGAAAAGCUUAUGGUACUAAGCAAACACUUGUGGCUCCAGACUUAAUUAAAAUAUUAAAUGCAAGACGACUGACUAAUUUUAAAAUCCCUUUACUAAAGAACAAGAGAGGAAAAAGAAAAGAAGUAAAUGCCAAGUCAUCAGAGAGAGAAGCUUACAGUCCCCUAGAACUACUUGACAGUUUAUCUGGAGUAGAAGAAAAACAAAAUAGGAAUAAAGAAAAUGUCUGCACAGCAACUUCAGGACCUCAGUCUUUGAGCAUACAUAGUAGUAUAACACCAGGGCAAGCUAGUUCUCACUCAUUCUACAGUAAGAAUUCCUGUACUUCUCCAAGCUUUACAAAGAAAGGUUAUGAUAAUAAAGCAUGCAAUCACAUCUCUGAACCAGGCAACAUUAUUUCUAAUAAGGAGCCUAUUUCUCUUACAAUUGAAAAAAAUACCUUUUCUUGUGAUCCUGGGUAUAUUGAACAAAGUUCCUUCUGCUCUAAGGAACAAAGAACAUUUGAGCCAAUUUCCUCUGAAGUUUGUGGUAGAAAAAUGGCUAAGAGCAUUUCAAAACUCAAAGUGGAGUUUCCAGAUAUUCUUAAAGCCUAUGAAGAUGAUGUCCUCUUGAUUGAUGUAAUUCAAGAUGACCCAGAGCUCUUUGGAAUCUCCAAUGAAGGGGAUCUCUCAUUUGCUUCAGAAGUCUCCAAGAUAAGCCAGAAGCCCGGUAUAUCUGAAGAGCACCAAUCAGCAGACCUUAAGCACGUGCAUCUUCCAAGGAAAACAGAUCCAAGCAAUUUGAGUAAAGAACUUGCUGUGCUGGACCCUGGAUUACUGAAGUUGGAGAUCUGUGCUUCCUUGUCAGCAGCAAAAAAGAUAAAGUGUGAUUCCAAAGGUGCAGUCAUUUCCUUAGAAGAGACCAAGGAGAUUGUUGAAAAUGAAAAUCUAGGAGACCUCAGUGAGCAAAAUUCAGACUUGGAUGAAAAGUGUAGAGGUUCAGACAAGGCAACUAUUAAAGAAGAAAAAGAAAAUACUUACGAAAUUUGCAAAAGCAAAGAUUCUAGAAAUGCAGAGGUUGUGGUUGAUGAAUGUCACUUAGCAACAUUGGGCCCCAAACCUCUGUGCUCAUCAGUACUUCCUUUGACUCUAAGUGACCAUCAAGAAGACGCAGUGCCAAAGCCAUGGAUGAGUGAUUUCAGAUUUCCAGGAAGACAUUCUGUCCUACAGCUGCAGAAUCCUGACACUUGUAAAAUAUUUAAAAGAGAAAAAAAUAUGGGGAUGUUCCAGAAACCCUUAGGGUUGACAAUACCCCACAGAUACUGCAAAUUUCAUUUCAAUACUUUGCGUGGCUGUGAGCGAGCACAGUGCAAGUUUGUCCAUGUGCCUGAGCAAGGGGAUGAAAAGGUCUGCAUGGAUGUGUUUAAGAAGUACAUAAGUGUCAAUGAAUUGUGUUUGCUGCAGCGAGCAGCAAACAUGUUUAUGGAAUACUACAGAAAGUUUCCCCCAGGGAUACACUUUGAUCUACAAGUGCUAAAUGACCUUCUUAUAUCCUUACUCAAGCAUUGUUUACUUAAAGAGGUAUUUCAGGUGGUAAAUCUCAGCUUAAAGGUUAAGAUGCUGCCUGCUCUGAAAAUACUACUAAAAAUAUUUGAACAUGUGGCAGCUAUGAAAUUAAGGAAUGCUGUGCCUGCUUUAAUUGAGAUCUUUUCCAAGUUUGUUGAAGCUGGGAUGAUGCUUGAUCCAGAACACUUUAACUAUAUUAUUAAGCUUUUAUACCAAGCACAGGCAUCCCAACAAGAAAUAACUACAGUUCUGCAAAUCAAAUCCAGGUUACAAGUGAGGCAAUUUAAAAAGAACUGGAAGUGUGAUUUAGACUCAGCUUUGAAGGAAGUAGAGACUUGUAAAGAAAAUGGUGACUGGACCAAAUUGGGAAGCCUGUACAUUAACAUAAAAAUGGGCUGCGAAGAAUUUGCAGAUUUCCAGAGAUUCUGCACUUGUGUUGCUGAAACACUCACAAAAGACUAUAAAGAAGAAAGACCAGGUGUUCCCUUUUAUGAAUUUGCUGAAACAGUUAGCAAAGAUCCACAAUAUAGUGAAGUUGAUAAAACUUUGCUGGGAAGAAUUGGAAUCAGUGCUAUGUACUUCUAUCACAAACUGCUGCAGUGGUCUAAGGGAAGGAAGGUCUUAGAUAUACUGUAUGAAUUAAAAAUACAUUUUACAAGCUUAAAAGGACUUACAGGACCUGAGAAAUUAGCACCAAGAUGUCAAAUUGUGAAUAUUGCAGCAGAAAUUUUUAUAAAAAGUGGAAGCCUGGAUGGUGCCAUUUGGGUAUUGAGGGAAUCGGAAUGGAUAAUCAACACACCACUCUGGCCAUGUGAUAGACUGGAUGUGCUUAACCGCCAUAAUUUGCUCUGUAUCAUUGCACAUGAAAUCCUGGGCAAGAGCCUUUACAGACAGACAUUUGAGGUUUUGCGGAAUCUACCAGGCUUUCAAAAUUCUCAAGAAACCGUGGAGGUUUCCCAGUAUAGCCUUCUUUUUAAUAAGCUUCUAGAUGCCUGUAUAGAAAGUAACAGUCUUGGCAUAUCAUCUUCUGUAGCAGAAUUCAUGAUUUCAAAGAGCAUCCCUAUUGAUUUUUCCUUUCUUAGGAGAUUAAUUACUUCUUUAGGAAGGAGUUGUUUAUGGCUCAAAGCCAGAACCCACUAUAAAAAUGCUCUUUCACUGGGGUGCUACCCACCAUUAGAGGGAAAUUUAUACAGAAAACUUCUACUUGUUCCUUCUUAUCUGUCUGAGAUUGAAAUGCUUUUAGCUAUAGAAAUCUUCCUGGUGACGAAUGCCAGCAACAUUCAGAGCCCUGGCACUUCUACACAGAUGCUGCAGAUUGUUCUGAAAAGAUCUGAAGAAAACAAAUCUCGAAGCAAGGAUGACUAUCAAGCUGCAGUAGAAAGACUGAUCAUGGCUGCUCGCAUAUCAGAUCCCAAGCUUUUCAUUAAGCACAUGACCGUCAAUAUUAAUAAGGAGCAGGUCUAUAGUCUCGAACAUUGUUCUGCCCUGAAAUGGCUGAAAGAAAAUAUGAAGUGGGCUGGAAAGGUUUGGCUUUUCACUAACCAUUAGUUCAUAAAGGGUUUUGGUUUUUUACGUUCAAACAAUCAGUGUUGAAAAUAAAAGGCUAUAAAAAAUAACCACUGUAUUCAGCUUUUGUACCUUAGUGACACUGGAAGUUAACAGAUAAUUUUCAAGCAAUAAAAAUUUCAUUUAUAGGUGGGAGCAAUGACUCAGUGAUUAAGAACACCAGCUAUUCUUGCAGAGGACCCAGGUUUGGUUCCCAGCACACACAUGGUGCCUAACAACCUUAACUCCAGUUUAGGAGGAUCCAAUGCCCUCUUCUGGUCUCUGUGAGCAUUACAUGCAGAUGCAGGCACAGGAGGCAUAAAAAACUUAAUCACCAUGUAACAAAGAAGCUUCUUUUGCAAUAGACAGAGACUUUUACAGAGUUCCAAA